AUAUUAUAAAUAAAUAUAUUAAAAAUUAUUUUUGUUCUUGAUUUUUGCUGGCUGCUAAGCAAAGACUUGCUUGCAUACAAAAGACGCUGAGAAAUGACGUGCACGGAUCACGUUCUCAAUCAUGCACAAUAAAAACUCAAAAGUGCAGCAAACGUAAAAGGUUUUCUCUGUUAAAAAAGGAAAAAUCACAAGUCACGUUGAUUGGAAAAGACCAAAGGGAGGGACGUUUGUGUUUGGAAUCAACAGGUCAAAAGUACAAAAAAGUACGCAAAACUUCGGCUACAGGCAAAGAAAACAUGCUCGUUUAAAAUAAGCACAUUUGCCAAAGGUGUGUUUCGUUCAACAGCAAUAUGGGCACUGAUUAAAGUUGACGUCGCUGGUAAAGGAAACUUGGCUUCGGAUGAGGAUUCGAACCAACUUCGUUUGCCGCAGCUAGGCGAAGGUUGACAAGACAAAGCUCUCACGACAUUGACAGCAAGAGGUAUAAAAGCAGCACCAACUACGCCUGCCAGGCAUAGUCUCUGACUAGACGUCGCGCAAAUAUAAUAGUAGCGGAAUCGUCGAAAUAAAACACUUGUUUUUCACGUGAAACAAAUAAAGUGCGAAUGGAUAGUCUAUCCCCAAAUAAUUGCUCGAAAUCGUGCUCAACUGGCAGUUCAGCGGCCAGUUCCUCCGUAGAUUUGGAUGGCGGCAAGCAGGCAAAGUCAUCGUCUUCGUCGUCCUGUUCGCGUGGCCAAAAGCUUUCCAGAUCCCGCAGUCUACUGCAGUUGCUGAGCAAGCAUUUGGGACGCCAUUUCCAGCACCAUCAUCACCAUAAUGACACGGUCUACAGUAGCCAAGAUGACAUACGCAGCAGUUCUACAGAUAGCUUCAGCUUAAGUUAUGAAAGAGGAAGUUCUGGCUCACCAGCAGAGGGUAUUAAUGGUGGAUCCAGUUUGGAUUUGGCCUCAUCGACUUCCGCAUAUUCGCGAUACUCUCCCGGCCUGGAUUACUAUACUUCAAACACAGACAAUAAUACUCAUGUUUAUGUGGAGUCUGUGUAUCAACGUCCAGGUAGUGCACUGGAGCACUACGAUGAGGAUUGCAACAGUAGCAGCAGCAGCAGCAGUGACGAGGCAGAUGAGAAUCGAAAUGACAGUAAGCCGCGCUCGAGCCUGAGAGCUGGCUUACACUUGAGUCGCAUUUCCAUCUCCUCUUCGGUUAGUCGUAUGCUCCAGCAUUUUUCAUCCUCAAACACUACAACAGCUUCACUGCGCUCGCUUUCCUGUAGCAGUACACCUCUUCAUCGGCGGCAAAUUGCAAAAAAAUCACUGACUCCCCAUAACAGCAACUCCAGUAACUCCUCUAACAAUUCCACUUCUUCAUCGUCAUCAUCAUCGUCAUCUAAGAAGGGAAAAAAGCAGCAGAGCAUAUUGCGACCUCCAGUUCAAUACGUAUACAUGAAGGGCAUGUCGGGGCUAUAUUCACGUGUACCCAGCUAUGCGGCCUGCUGUCCUUACACCCUGCAUCAUAUGUACUAAAAAACCAAAAACAUUAAGUAAUUGCUGCAAAAAGACAAAAGAUCGCCGUUAGGUGAAAAGGCUAUUUAAAUUAGGGUUUAGUGAUGAUCGAGUAGUGCCUAAAAUUGGAGGGAGUAAAGAAUUAAAUAAUUUGAAAAUGGUUAGAAAAUGCAGCGAAACAUAUUUUAUAAAUGUGUGAAACAACGCCCAAUAAGUGUACCUAUAUAAUUCUAAUAAAUGUGCGUCAAAAUACA